UGUCAAUGUCGAAUCGAUGUGGAAAUAAUUUCGGAUAGAAGUAUGCGUACUAAAAUAUAAACCUUAUUAACUAUUCACGUAAUGUAAAGGGUUUAAAGCGUUACAAACAUGCGUUUAUUUAUCAGGCAAAUUAGAAAGAUACAUUAUCAAACAUCAAGAAAUCUGACAUGCUUACAAAAUCGAACUGCAUUGGAGCAGUUUUUCCAAAGAUUUGUGAAUAAGAAUUUGUAUAGGCAAAACAAGUCAUGUUUUGUCAGGCCGCCGUUUCAGUGUAUGCAUAAUUACUGUACAAAGACAGACAAUCCUGAUAAACCUGCGUCAAUUAACCAACUGUCCCCUGUUGCAUUUCGUGAUGCACUUAAAAAGGCAAACAUAGACAGAUGUUUUAUUUUGAAUUUGGAUGACAGAAUUGAUUAUUCUCAUCAAAUUUUAGAGAAGCUUAUUCCAUUGGAACAGCUCAAGGCUCUAGAGUAUGAACAUGAAGCCAUAUUCUUCGAGAUUGGUGCCCGGACCAACAGUCUUAUGGCUGUCUUUAUUUGGAAAACAAAUCGCGGACAAGCAUCAGGAGGAGUGGAUUUCAAAUACCAGCCCAAUAUGGCAGACUUUAUUCAACAUGGAUGUCGGUUCUCAAAAACACUAGGAGUCAAAUGUGCCCUAGCAGGACUCUGGAGUGGAGGUGGGAAAGGCAUAAUUGCAGCCCCUGAAGAAGGGAGUAAAAGUCUGGCAUCAGAGUUUCGCAGGAAAGCGUUCAUGGACUUUGGGGAGUUUCUCACAACCUUAAAUGGAUGCUUCAUUGCUGGUUACGGAGUAGGCGGCUCUGUUGAGGACACGGACACGAUGUUCUCUCAGACCCGAUACGUCUCCAACUUGUCCCCAGACUAUGGCGGCUCUUCCAACUCCUACCACUACACGGCCCUUGGAGUCAUCAAGUCAAUGGAGGCCGCCCUGACCUUCCUCAACCUUGGUACACUGAAGGGCAAGACGGUGGCCAUCCAGGGGGCGGGGCGAGUAGGGGAGGUAAUCAUUGGUGAACUCCUACAGAAGGGAGUUGCUAACAUCACUGUGUCAGAAACAAACUCUUUCAGAGCAGAAGAUGUCAGACAAACCUUUGCAGAAAUAGGCAGUGGGCGGCUGACAAUAAACAAGGUGGAUGCUGUUGACACAAGUAUUUUCUGCCAGCCUUGUGACAUCUUUGCCCCUUGUGCCAGAGGAAAUACACUGGACCAGUACACAAUUCCAAUGUUGGACACCAAGAUCAUCUGUGGCUCGUCCAACUUUCCUGUGCACAGUGUGGACGAUCUUGAAUUGCUCAAGAAAAACAACAUCCUGUAUGUGACCGACGUCGUGCCAAAUAGAAUGGGUAUAGUGGCCAAUUCCCUGGAGAUGUAUGGAAGAAUGGAGGAUGACCCUGAACUCAAGAAGCACCUGUCUUAUGACUGGGAACAUUCUAUCUACCGGACCACACUGAGGAUACUAGAGGCUGCUGCUGAACACAAUAUCUAUCCCAAGGCAGCUGCAGACAUGCUCGGCAAGAAACUUAGUCUCGAGAUCAAUCCCUGGUUCCCCGGGCGCACACAGAACAUCAUCAGGGGACUGAAAUCUUCUGGAUGGAAUGAGGGCCGAGACUUCUGGAGGGAACGCUGGAGUUACUGAUCUUUGCAGGAGUUCUUUGUGUAGGAGUCUGAUGAUAUGAAGCAAAAUAAGGCUUUUGUUACAUGCCUGCAGGGAGGGGGUAUAUGAGAUUAUCAAAUAUUAUAUGACUCUUGCUUGGAAAAAAGGGCUUUAUGCAUGUGGGUAGUGUCAUCCCAGAUUAGCAUGUGUAGUAGCACCGGCUUAUCAGUGACACCUUUAUCUUUUCUGGAAUCUUUGGUGCAACAGAAAUCUCUUCUAAACAUAUAUGCAGUGUAUACAGAAAGUGUUGUCCCUGAUAGGCCUGUGUGGACUGCACAGGCUACUGAUAGGCCUGUGUGGACUGCACAGGCUACUGAUAGGCCUGUGUGCACUGCACAGGCUACUGAUAGGCCUGUGUGGACUGCACAGGCUAACCAAUAGACUUUACACACAUGCUUGGUUUUUACAUAGCCCGGCUCAUGUGUAUUGAAGAAAAAGGUCGAUGAAAACUUCAUUUUUAUGGAAAGCAAAUUCAAUUUAAACUUCAAAUAUGUCAUCAGCUUAAAGUCAGUAAUUGUGCAAGAUAUUUUUAACCAGGUUUUCCGAAGGAAAAAACUGGUUAUUAGAUUGGCGAAUGCGGGCGGGCUGGCUGGCAGGCUGGCGAGCUGGCUGGCGGGCGGGCGGAACAAGCUUGUCCGGGCCAUAACUAUGUCGUUCAUUGUCAGAUUUUAAAAUCAUUUGGCACAUUUGUUCACCAUCAUUGGACGGUGUGUCUUGCGAAAUAAUUAUGUCGAUAUCUCCAAGGUCAAGGUCACACUUUGAGUUCAAAGGUCAAAAAUUGCCAUAAAUGAGCUUGUCCUGGCCAUAACUAUGUCAUUCAUUGUGAGAUUUUAAAAUCAUUUGGCACAUUUGUUCACCAUCAUGGGACGGUGUGUCGCACGAAAGAAUCACAUCAAUAUCUCCAAUGUCAAGGUCGCCACGACUAAAAAUAGAUUUUAAAAAAAUAAAAAAAAUUACAAAGGGGGUUAAUUUUGUUUGUUCAUUUCAAAAGUUCAGUUUGAGUUUUCUCCCUUUAUCAGAUUUUUUUUCACAAUGAAAACCUGGUUUUGUGACAAUUUUGUCCCUUGUUUAUUCAUGUGCCCUUGAACUAAGCCAUGGGCAAAGUAUGCAAUAGGUUUUUGUAAAGAUUUAUUUCCCAAUGUCUCAAACAUUUUUAAGUAUCUCAACAGUCUGAUGUGCAGAUGUGCAAGACACGUUUUUUCCCCCCAGUUUUUCACACAUUUCAGAGUUGUUUGGCCUUGAACUGCUGACAAUGCUGUGCGGGGCUUGUUAGUCACUUUUGUAUUGUUAAUGUUUUGAAAGAGACUAGAUUAAUGCACCGUUGUUUAUGAAAUGUUUGCUUUAUGUUCUGAGAUCAGUUUUUAGAAAUAUUUCAUGGAUAUGGCUGGAAAAAAUAGAGAGCUUAUUGUGUAAUAGUUUUGAAUAUUUUCCUAUUGAUUUAAAAAACAACAAACUUGAAGCCAUAUUUAUGACUCAAUGUUUAUAAAACAAGGUCAUAAUGUUUAUCCUGACACUAUUUAGGCAGAGUCUGUCAUGUGCAUUUAAAAAUGAAGGCACAAGAAUUACUUUAAAAAACAACAACUUGUAACCACUCUAGAGGUCACAUUUUUAUCUCAAUCUUGAUGAAAAUUGGUCAGAUUGUUUUCCUUGACCCUAUUUAAGCCGAGUUUGAAUAUAAGUUACGUGGUCAAAACACACAGUCACCAGGUCAAAGCAAUGGUUGUAGUUCAAACACAAGGUCACCAGGUUUUGAAUAUUGGGCACGUGGUCCAAACAAAAGGUCACCAGGGUUUGAAUAUUUGCUGCAUGGUCUAAACACAAAGUCACCAGGUUUUUAAUAUUGGUCACAUGGUCCAAACACAAGGUCACAUGGCCCAUCACAAGGUCACAUGGUUCAAACACAAAGUAAUGCGGUCCAAACACAAAGUCAUAUGGUCCAAACACAAGGUUUUGUGGUUAAAACACAAUAUCACAUGGUCAAAACACAAGGUCAAUUUGUAAAAAACACAAGUUUACAUGGUCCAAACACAAGGUCACACGGUCCAAACAAAAGGUCGUGUGGUCCAAACACAAAGUCACAUGGUCGAAACACAAGGUCACAUGGUCAGAAAACAAGGCCAUGUGGUCCAAACACAAGGUCAUCAGGUCAAAUCUUAGACAAAAUUACCCGACCAGAUGCCACAUUUAUGACUUGAUGUUGAUGAAUUUUAGUCCUCGACUAAGUUUGUGCAAAUGAUGCCUCUAGAGUCACACCCCUAUGGUGGGGUAAAGGUUUUUAAUACAUAAAGACUUAGAUAGCCUUUUUUUGACACUUAGAUUUUUUCAAUUUAUGCCCCGGUUGUCAAGAAGCCCAAACCAGGAAUUCUACAACUGGGCCUGUUUCUCAGGUGAUGUAUCAAUUAUCAACAGGGUCGUCUUGUAAUGUUUUGCGAUUGUAAUUUGAAAUAAACUAGUUUUCGUCUCACAUUUUAUGAUUUAUAUGUUUUAUGCCCUGCAAUCUCUCAAUAAUUCUGAUAUGCAUUCUGUAAAUUGACAUCAGUUAACCAUAUUUACAAGUUUUAUAUAUGACAACAAUCACCUUUAAGAAUAAGCUGUUUAUCUUUUAACAACAUGGAAUAUUGAAAUAAGUGUCAGAUUACACAGUUGUAUGCUCAAUGUGCAUAUGUGAUUUAUAUUGUUAUUAUGUGAUGAUUUAAAACAGUCAACUUCUAUACCUCUAAUUAGACUAUAUUACCCAGUACUAAAUGUUUUUCUGUAUUAAUAUUUGAGGAAUCUCUGUUAAUUAUUUGAGUCAUUGUAUCUUUUCUAAUAAUGCUUUUUGAGUUUUGUAAAUGCUUUCUUGGACAUGAAUGUCAGACGUAGGCCUUCCUGGACAAAUUUGCUCUCAAUAUUUUUAGUAUAGGCGGACAUAUGCCCUGUCAGACGUAUGCCCCUCCAGAUAUGUGCCCAACUGGAUAUAUGCCACCCCAAAUAUUGACCCUCCCAAAGUGUCACCAUCUAACCACCACCUAACAAUAUAAAUCCAAAUGUAAGAUGGGUCAAGGAUGGUGUACCGUAAUAACUCUAUGUUUUCGGACACUCUAAGUUUUCGGACACCCCCUUUUUUAGCAAAAAUAAUUAUUUUUCAUGACUCUUAAUUUUCGGACACACGAUUUUUCGUCCAUUAUUGAUGUCUCUAAGUUUUCAGACAGAAUAUUUUACAGCGCUAUUUUACCAAAUUUCGGUCCUGUUUUCGAUAUCUAAUGACACUUCGAUCAUGGGGUUUUACAACCAGAUUAACAUCAUAAAACAUGGAAGGUGCAUGCCUGAGGGCAACGGACCAUUACAUUGCGUUAUUGGGUAAAUAACCUUGUAAACCGGUAUUAAACAAUGGUUUCCCCCGAUAGCAUAAGCGUUAUGACACUUACCAGGGGCAGUAUCAAUUAACGGUUCAAUUAUUUACCGCAAUGGUCCUACCCCUUCUAAGUAAAAUAACUGUGACAAAUACUAAACGCUUCAAAGUGUGAUGCACCCUAUUGCAAGUUUCACGAACAAUGGAAGGUGUUAUAAAAACAACUAUCUGAAAUGAACAAACAAAGAAUUCAUAGUUUGCUUUUUUUGCGUCAAAACAGGUUCAUACUAGCGAGUAUCGGUACGUCACAUUCUCAUCUUUGAACUCGUUGGUCAAAAUACAACCUUAUAGUAGCUUUCUGUCAAAUAAAUUUAGCAUUUAAAAUUAUUUAAAAUGCAGUGCAAAUAUAUAUAACUGUAAUUUAUACUAUACGGCAUGGUAUUUUACAAGCCCAUGCUAUUACCGGUAGUGGUUCAUACAAUUGACGCUAUUUUCUGACACUACAAUUUUCGACUCAAAGUUUUCUGACACCUGCAUUUUGUGAAUAUUUUUCGUAUCUAUGUUUUCGGACACGAAAAAAAAAAUAUUUUUAAGUGUCCGAAAACAUAGAGUAAUUACGGUAUGUCUGGGUGGGCAUACAUCAAGAUUGUCAUAUGUCAGCCUAUGCUUAAAUAUAGGGAGAUUAUAUGCCCAGGAUGCUUCCAUUUAGCAUAGAUAUUACAAAAACUAAAAUAUUGAAUAAAAAAGAAAAUCAAAUAUAUUUUUUCAGUGUUGUGUAAUUCUAAAAGUGUGGAGUCAAUAUAUGCUUGUAUACAGAAUGUCAUUUAUUAUAGUAUCAAAGGCUGUAUGCUUGUAUACACAAUGUCAUUUAUUAUAGGAUCGAAGGCUGUAUGCUUGUAUACACAAUGUCAUUUAUCAUUGUAUCAAAGGCUGUAUGCUUGUAUACAGAAUGCCAUUCAUCAUUGUAUCAAAGGCUGUAUGCUUGUAUACACAAUGUCAUUUAUCAUGGUACAAAGGCUGUAUGCUUGUAUACAGAAUGUCAUUUAUCAUGGUAUCAAAGGCUGUAUGCUUGUAUACAGAAUGUCAUUUAUCAUGGUAUCAAAGGCUGUAUGCUUGUAUACAGAAUGUCAUUUAUCAUGGUAUCAAAGGCUGAAUGCUUGUAUACAGAAUGUCAUUUAUCAUGGUAUCAAAGGCUGUAUGCUUGUAUACAGAAUGUCAUUUAUCAUUGUAUCAAAGGCUGUAUGCUUGUAUACAGAAUGUCAUUUAUCAUUGUAUCAAAGGCUGUAUGCUUGUAUACACAAUGUCAUUUAUCAUGGUAUCAAAGGCUGUAUGCUUGUAUACAGAAUGUCAUUUAUCAUGGUAUCAAAGGCUGUAUGCUUGUAUACAGAAUGUCAUUUAUCAUGGUAUCAAAGGCUGUAUGCUUGUAUACAGAAUGUCAUUAUCAUGGUAUCAAAGGCUGUAUGCUUGUAUACAGAAUGUCAUUUAUCAUGGUAUCAAAGGCUGUAUGCUUGUAUACACAAUGUCAUUUAUCAUGGUAUCAAAGGCUGUAUGCUUGUAUACACAAUGUCAUUUAUCAUGGUAUCAAAGGCUGUAUGCUUGUAUACACAAUGUCAUUUAUCAUGGUAUCAAAGGCUGUAUGCUUGUAUACACAAUGUCAUUUAUCAUGGUAUCAAAGGCUGUAUGCUUGUAUACACAAUGUCAUUUAUCAUGGUAUCAAAGGCUGUAUGCUUGUAUACAGAAUGUCAUUUAUCAUGGUAUCAAAGGCUGUAUGCUUGUAUACAGAAUGUCAUUUAUCAUGGUAUCAAAGGCUGUAUGCUUGUAUACAGAAUGUCAUUUAUCAUGGUAUCAAAGGCUGUAUGCUUGUAUACAGAAUGUCAUUUAUCAUGGUAUCAAAGGCUGUAUGCUUGUAUACACAAUGUCAUUUAUCAUGGUAUCAAAGGCUGUAUGCUUGUAUACACAAUGUCAUUUAUCAUGGUAUCAAAGGCUGUAUGCUUGUAUACACAAUGUCAUUUAUCAUGGUAUCAAAGGCUGUAUGCUUGUAUACACAAUGUCAUUUAUCAUGGUAUCAAAGGCUGUAUGCUUGUAUACAGAAUGUCAUUUAUCAUGGUAUCAAAGGCUGUAUGCUUGUAUACAGAAUGUCAUUUAUCAUGGUAUCAAAGGCUGUAUGCUUGUAUACACAAUGUCAUUUAUCAUGGUAUCAAAGGCUGUAUGCUUGUAUACAGAAUGUCAUUUAUCAUGGUAUCAAAGGCUGUAUGCUUGUAUACAGAAUGUCAUUUAUCAUGGUAUCAAAGGCUGUAUGCUUGUAUACACAAUGUCAUUUAUCAUGGUAUCAAAGGCUGUAUGCUUGUAUACACAAUGUCAUUUAUCAUGGUAUCAAAGGCUGUAUGCUUGUAUACACAAUGUCAUUUAUCAUGGUAUCAAAGGCUGUAUGCUUGUAUACACAAUGUCAUUUAUCAUGGUAUCAAAGGCUGUAUGCUUGUAUACAGAAUGUCAUUUAUCAUGGUAUCAAAGGCGGUAUGCUUGUAUACAGAAUGUCAUUUAUCAUGGUAUCAAAGGCUGUAUGCUUGUAUACACAAUGUCAUUUAUCAUGGUAUCAAAGGCUGUAUGCUUGUAUACAGAAUGUCAUUUAUCAUUGUAUCAAAGGCUGUAUGCUUGUAUACAGAAUGUCAUUUAUCAUGGUAUCAAAGGCUGUAUGCUUGUAUACAGAAUGUCAUUUAUCAUGGUAUCAAAGGCUGUAUGCUUGUAUACACAAUGUCAUUUAUCAUGGUAUCAAAGGCUGUAUGCUUGUAUACAGAAUGUCAUUUAUCAUGGUAUCAAAGGCUGUAUGCUUGUAUACAGAAUGUCAUUUAUCAUUGUAUCAAAGGCUGUAUGCUUGUAUACAGAAUGUCAUUUAUCAUGGUAUCAAAGGCUGUAUGCUUGUAUACAGAAUGUCAUUUAUCAUUGUAUCAAAGGCUGUAUGCUUGUAUACAGAAUGUCAUUUAUCAUUGUAUCAAAGGCUGUAUGCUUGUAUACAGAAUGUCAUUUAUCAUUGUAUCAAAGGCUGUAUGCUUGUAUACAGAAUGUCAUUUAUCAUUGUAUCAAAGGCUGUAUGCUUGUAUACAGAAUGUCAUUUAUCAUUGUAUCAAAGGCUGUAUGCUUGUAUACAGAAUGUCAUUUAUCAUUGUAUCAAAGGCUGUAUGCUUGUAUACAGAAUGUCAUUUAUCAUUGUAUCAAAGGCUGUAUGCUUGUAUACAGAAUGUCAUUUAUCAUUGUAUCAAAGGCUGUAUGCUUGUAUACAGAAUGUCAUUUAUCAUUGUAUCAAAGGCUGUAUACUUGUAUACAGAAUGUCAUUUAUCAUUGUAUCAAAGGCUGUAUGCUUGUAUACAGAAUGUCAUUUAUCAUUGUAUCAAAGGCUGUAUUGCUUGUAUACAGAAUGUCAUUUAUCAUUGUAUCAAAGGCUGUAUACUUGUAUACAGAAUGUCAUUUAUCAUUGUAUCAAAGGCUGUAUGCUUGUAUACAGAAUGUCAUUUAUCAUGGUAUCAAAGGCUGUAUGCUUGUAUACAGAAUGUCAUUUAUCAUUGUAUCAAAGGCUGUAUGCUUGUAUACAGAAUGUCAUUUAUCAUUGUAUCAAAGGCUGUAUGCUUGUAUACAGAAUGUCAUUUAUCAUUGUAUCAAAGGCUGUAUGCUUGUAUACAGAAUGUCAUUUAUCAUUGUAUCAAAGGCUGUAUACUUGGUGGCUAGCUUUAACCUAUUUAAUUAAGCACAAUUGAACUAUAGUCUUACGCUUAUUGAGACGCUCUUUCUAUCUAGGUAGAACAAUGUUUGCUAUUAAGUGCCAUUUGCUUAACCAAUUUAUGCCUAGCGUCUAGAAGAAAGGCCUUGGCAAACAGCGUAGACCCUGAUGAGACGUGACUCGGACGUCUCAUCAGGGUCUGCGCUGUUUGCUUAAAGAAAUUUCUGUAAGAAAUAUUCUAAAUAUAGAAAUAAUUAUACAAGACAUCCCUAAAUUUGGAUAUAAAUUGAUCCAAUUUAGAAGGAUGGGAGAGUCCACUAGGCAUAAAUGGGUUUAUUCGUUUAUUUGAUAGUAAUCAUACAAAUUCACCCAAUAUGUUAGGAAGUUAUGUUCUGGACAUGAAGUAUGCUCACAUGGUCAUUAUAUUAAAAAUGUAUACGCACACAAGGAUACAUUGAUGUUUGCUUUAUUGUGUUAAGUGUUGUAAUGAAAACAAUCUAAACUUUUUGAGAACUUUUAGAUAAUCCAGAUAUUUAAUAUAUUGAAAUAUAUUCUUGCUAAUAGUUUUAUGAAUCUACACAAAGAACUAUAAAUAUUGAUAUGAAAAACAACCUCACAUAAUAUUUGCUGUUUAUUUUGUAACUCAGUUCAUGCAAUGGUAUUAAAAUAUAUAAUAUACAUAUAUAACUAACUGUAUUAGGUAAGGUUACAUAAAUAGUUCUGUUAACUCACAUUUUCCUAUUUUUGUCUAUGAAGAAAUGUGUUUUUUAACUGCUUUCGAUUUUAUUUAACAUUGUUCAAGUUUUUAAUGAAUAAACAACUAGUUAUAGUAAGCUGA